AUGAGCAACCCUAAACUACUCAAGGGGUCCCCACGCAAUUUUCUUUCACGUACCGCAGAGAAAUGCUCCGUUGAUGUUUGCUCGACCGGGAGAAGAAGAAGAAGAAGAAGAGACAUCAUCAUCAUGUGCGGACGAGUCAACGCUCGCGUUUCCCUCGAGGACGUCCAAAAACUCUUUUCUGCUGUGAAAGAAGAUAAAGACGAGGAGGAAAAGGAGGAAAAGGAUGUCAAAAUCGUGACGUGGGUGAACGAAGGUGCGCACGCUCAGUUGCGUAACUGCGCGCCGUCGGAAACGGUCGCAACGCUCGUCGCGGAAGACGAGGUGUGGACGACACGAUUCGGAUUGAUUCCAUCGUACAAGAAAUCUACGUACGAUAGGAAGAGAGAUCAUUACGUGGCGUUUAACUGUCGCUCGGAAACGAUUUUAGAAAGACAGAUGUUCAACAGGUGCACAGAGGCGAACGCGAAAGAUAAAGGGAGAGGAAGGGCGGUGGUUUUGAUUCGCGGCUUUUACGAAUGGAAGAAGGACAAAAUGGGGAAACAACCGUAUUACGUGUCGAGAAAAGACGGGGAAUUGCUGUGCGUGUGCGCGGUUAUGGACACGUACAAAGGAGACGAUUUUUGCGACGGCGGCGGCGAGAUAUUAAGGACGACGAGUUUGUUAACGAGAGACUCGAAAGGGACGAGGUUGAGUUGGUUGCACGACCGGAUGCCGGUGAUGUUAAAAAAAGAAGCGGUGAAGACGUGGCUGACGGAUAACACGAAACGUAUCGCAUCGUUUUUGAAGGACGAUGAAACUACUACCCAUCGAGGAGGAGGAGGCGUCAUCGAGAAAGGCGAAGAUUUGCAGUGGUAUCCGGUGACUCCGGAGAUGGGAAAAAUCGAAUUUCAAGGCGACGCGUGCGUAAAAGAAGUCGUCGCGGUGGCGAAGAAGAACACGCAGGAUAUCAAGAGCAUGUUCGCGAAGGUGGUGGCGAAGCAAAGCGCGGAGAAGUUGAGUCAAGUCAAGAUCGAUAAUGCAUUCGCCGAAACCGCGAGGGUCGAUAAAGAAGACGAACCGGCGAAGAAGAAGCUGAAGUUGUAA